AUGACCCUUUUACGUACAUUAAAAUCAAAGGGUUGGGCAAGCCUCAUUGCACUCGUUCUCAUUUCGAUUUACCUGGUUUCUUCUUGGGAUACUACUUUUCGCACUGAAAAGCCAAAGCAGCAGCAGACAUUCAAACCGAAGUCAGCAUUCAAACCUGGAUUAGGCCACAAAUUCGAUCGUUUAACACCUGCUCGUCGACAACUGUUAUCAUCAGCUUUGGCUCAUAUUCGUCUAGGCUAUGUAGCGAAUCGAACACCACCUUAUUCUACACCACCGUUGCUUAUUUUAUACACCUGUAGACCAGAUACCACUGCUUGCGGCUCCUUGGAUGAUCGAUUAAUCAACAUUGUCAAUGCUUACUAUUUUUCCAUGCUGCAACAGGGCUCUGCCUAUGCCUACGACAUGACUGUACCUGCUAAAAUGGAGUGGUUUUUCGAGUCAUCGCCAUCUUACAUGAGCAUGAAUGUAGAUCAGGCCAACUAUUAUUUGGAACGUGCGGAAGCUCAUCAGAUCAGAUCAGAGUCUCCAUUGUCAAGUGCUGAGCUGGUACAACGUCGAUUUAUGGAGGAUUACCAGGCAGAGGGAACAACCAUCGUAAAAGCAAGUCAAUGGCAAGGAAACUGGGUGGAUCUGAAGGAGAAUCCUUGGAUGAAGCCGCUUCGAGACAAGUAUCGACUCAAUCACUUGUUACAAAAAUCAGAUUGGUUUUGGCUGGCGAGUCGAUUGCUGUUCUCCAAACCAGCUUCCAACUUACGGGGAUAUUUAGAGCCUUAUCGUGAGCUUAUGGGUGGGAAACUGGAACUCAGUGAAAGCUUAUCCCCCUUUGAUCCCGAUAAUAGUCCAGUAACACCAGAAUUUGCAACCAAAGGAUGGCUACGUAUUGGUCUUCGCAUUGGCAAACAUAGCACGCAAGAAGAAGUCAUGUGUCUCUGCGCUCAUGUCGCCAAUAUAUGCCGCAAACACACAGAGAACUGCCAUGUAUUCAUCUCUGCACCGACUCGACAAUUACUGGCAACACUACGUACUGAACUCAAUAAGCAUCAGCACAUUGCAGUCCAUGCAGUAGCAGAGGGUUAUGGAUUUGCCGAUUUGGACCAAGAAUCAGAGAACAGCUUGGAUCACAGUAUAUUUGAUUCGGAUGAUGAUCGAUUGAUAAGAGAUUAUGCUCGCACCUUCAUGGAUUGGUUAAUUCUGUCUCGAAUGGAUCGUUUGGUAGGUCAGGAAAAAGACGGGUUUUUAAAGACGGCUGCUUGGGUUGCUCAGGUGCAUACAGAUGUCAGUGUUCAUAAUACAACCUCCAGAAACUGUCGCAUCAUACCAAUGUAUGAUUGGUAA